AUGGAUCAAAGGCCGGUCUAUGAGAGGACUCUCACAGAGUCCGAGCUGCUCGAGCAGCUUCCGAGUGAAAUCUCGACUUUCAUUCGGACUGCAUCGGGGACUCAACACCUCCACGCGCUUGCGCUUGGCGCAUUGAACAACGAAUUUACAGAGAGCAUUUUCAGGCUCUACGAACCGAUUUUUGUCGAUCUUGCAGCUCGAUGGCUUCAAUCGGAUUUACAUGCAGACUACAUUCAUGUAUUAGCGGCAUUUGCGCAGAUUUUACCUUUUGCGCCGCAUUUGCGGUCGCUCGCCAGUCAAUAUGCCUCAUCACAGACUGGACCUUUGGCAGCCUUGGCCAUGUCAAAGGAAUUAACACUGUUGCAGUUGGACCAACCUAGCAUCCGACUACUACUCCUCGCCCUCUUCCGACUCCUCUCGUUUGACCUGGAAACAUUCUCCCCCAUCGUUUCACCGCUUCAAUUGCAGUCCCUCUUCCAGUCACAAGAUCGAGUGACACGCUAUCUCGCCGUGCGAUGCUUCGCCUUGUACAUGCAUGCCGCAGAUGCGGCCACCGAAAAAAUGAUCCGCGUCAACACCGGGGCCGAAUCUAUUGAAGGAGAGUGGGAAGGAACCACAAUUGAUUACCGAUUGCUAGGAUUAUGGGAAGAGCGACGCUGGGAUGCUCUUGGGAAAUCCAUUCAGAACGCGAGAUCUUCAAGAGUUGAAUCCGAAUCCCUGGCAUUGGUCGAGAGAACACAGGAAUACUUUACUACAAAGACCGCAGAGAUCUGUGGAGUUUUGAUUCCCAGGUUGAAAGAUACCCCUCCGGCCUCUACAUCCGUUGUGAAAACCUCAACGACCAUCAGGAACUUGCGCCGAAUUGCAGGCUCAUUGCUAGGACACAAGCCUAUUUUGUUGGUCGGUUUGCCCAACUCAGGCAAAACAUCCUUGAUCAAUGACAUUGCAGCCACGAUGGGCCAAGCUGAAUCCAUGGUUACGCUCCACCUGAACGAGCAGACUGACGCAAAGAGUCUUCUCGGAAUGUACGCUACUUCGUCUGCCUCCGGAUCAUUCUCUUGGCAACCUGGUGUUUUGACUAAGGCUGCCCGCGAAGGACGUUGGGUUCUUAUUGAAGAUCUGAACCGUGCUCCCUCUGAAGUGAUGGGUCUGAUUUUACCCAUCAUCGAGCGAGGGGAGUUGACUAUCCCCAGUCGCAGAGAGCGGAUCAAGUGCGCCGAGGGCUUCAAGAUUAUUGCAACCAUGAAAUCAUCAUACAACAUUGCCGGUGAAGAGAUUGCACCAAACAGCUCAAUGCUUGGAAGCCGACUAUGGGAGCGAGUCCAAGUGAAUUCUCUCCCAGUGGACGAGAUGCGCGAUGUUAUUCUGCAGAAAUUCCCCUUGCUUGAGGCUCGUGUCCCAACCAUAAUGAACGUGUAUGCUCGUGUAUGCUCUGCCUUCCAUGGAAGCCUUGCUAUCAAGGGCUCUCAGGGUCGUACUCCAGGCUUCCGUGAUCUGAUCAAGCUGUGCAGCCGCUUGCACAACCGUCUCCAGCGGAUGGGUGCAAAGACCGGUUAUGAACCUACAUCAGAGGGUACCGAGGAUGAAAUAUUCCUUGAUGUCGUGGAUGUGUUCAUCAAGUAUCUGCCCGAGAAGUCGAUGCAGAGUACACUUGCGGCAGUUGUUGCCGAAUCACUUCAAAUUUCCCCACAGCGAGCACAGUUCUGCCUCGAAGAACGAACGCCCACAUACACGGACAAGAACAACAGCCUCGUUCUUGGCCGUGAGGUCUGCCACAAGGUCAAAGUGCCCAGUGGCUCUGCAUUAAAGAUGGCUGCUGCAGCUUCGCGCUUUGCCCCAACAAGAGCCGCCCUCGGGCUCAUGGAACAAGUGGCUGCUUCAAUCCAGAUGGCUGAGCCUGUCUUGCUUGUCGGUGAAACUGGUAUUGGAAAGACCACUGUCGUUCAGCAUCUCGCAACAUUGAUGCGCCAAAAGCUCACUGUUGUGAAUUUAUCCCAACAGAGUGAAAGCACUGAUCUUCUGGGUGGUUUCAAGCCAGUGAAUAUUCGUACAAUGGCAGUCCCGAUGCUGGAUGAGUUCACUCAACUUUUCGAACUCACUUUUUCCGCCAAGAAGAACCAGAAGUUCUUGUCCUCGAUCUCCAAGAGUGCUGCAUCUUCGAACUGGGUGCGAUUGGUGACUUUGUGGCAGGAGGCUGUUCGUCUCGCAAAUGGCGUUUUCAACCCUCCGGCUGCCGAUGGUGAUGAACAGCCAGCCAAGAAGCGGAAGCUAGAUUCCCCGAAAUAUCAACACUUGCGCCAACGAUGGGAGAGUUUCGCCACCACUCUCAACGACUUUGAGGCCCAGGUGGCUCAAGGUGAUGCCAAGUUCGCAUUUGCCUUCGUCCAAGGUAAAAUCGUGAGGGCCUUGAGAAACGGCGAAUGGGUGCUUCUUGACGAAGUGAAUUUGGCCUCUCCUGAUACUCUCGAAAAUAUCGCCAGUCUUUUGCACCACGGCAGUGAAGGAUCGCCUUCAGUCUUACUCUCCGAGGCAGGUGAUGUCGAGAGAGUAUUUGGUCAUCCGGAUUUCCGCAUUUUCGGUGCCAUGAACCCCGCAACCGAUGCUGGAAAGAGAGAUCUACCCCCAGGACUGCGGUCUCGUUUCACCGAGUUUUAUGUGCAUUCACCCGACAGUGACCUGGAUGAUCUGCUUGCCCUCAUCCAGAAGUACCUCGGGGAUUUGACCAUUAGUGACCCGCGGGCUGUUCCAGAUCUUGCUCAGCUAUACAUGAUCACCAAGAAGCUAAGCAAUGAGAACAAGCUCACCGACGGAGCAGGCCAACGACCCCAUUUCAGUAUCCGUACUCUCGUCCGGGCUUUGAUUUAUGUGAUCGACCACGCACACGUCUACGGAUUGCGCCGAGCGAUCUACGAGGGUUUCAGCAUGAGUUUCUUGACUGUCCUUAGCUUGAACUCCGAGCGAGCUUUGAUCCCCCUUCUUGAGCUUCAUGUCUUUGGCAAUGCAAAGAACGCAAAGUCCCUCCUCAGCCAAACCCCUCGUCCCCCCACUGAUGGCAGUGACUACGUGCAAUUCAAGCAUUACUGGAUGCGCCGUGGCCAUCUGGCACCGGAGGAGCAACCGCACUACAUCAUCACCCCAUUCAUCGAAAAAAACCUCAAGAACUUGGUCCGAGCCAGUUCAACUAGGCGUUUCCCUGUCCUCCUACAAGGACCAACUUCUGCCGGAAAGACUAGUAUGAUUGAGUAUCUGGCAAAGGUGUCUGGAAACAAAUUUGUACGAAUCAACAACCACGAACACACAGAUUUGCAAGAAUAUCUGGGAUCUUACAUUUCCACGGAUGAUGGAAGCUUGCGUUAUCAAGAGGGUGUUCUGGUGGAAGCGCUACGAAACGGUUAUUGGAUUGUGCUGGACGAACUUAAUCUGGCCCCUUCCGAUGUUCUCGAAGCCCUGAACCGUCUCCUUGAUGAUAACCGUGAGCUUUUCAUUCCAGAGACACAAGAGGUUGUCCACCCACACCCAAACUUCAUGUUGUUCGCUACCCAGAACCCUGCUGGUCUAUACGGUGGUCGAAAGGUCUUGUCUCGCGCCUUCAGAAACCGUUUCCUUGAGCUUCAUUUCGACGAUAUCCCAGAAAGUGAACUGGAAUUCAUUCUCAAGGAACGUUCUCAAAUUGCUCCGUCUUUCUGCACCCGAAUUGUCUCUGUUUACCGAAAGCUCUCCCUACUCCGUCAGUCAAAUCGCCUGUUCGAGCAAAAGAACAGCUUCGCAACCCUUCGUGAUCUUUUCCGAUGGGCUCUUCGCGACGCAGACGACAAAGAACAACUUGCGAUCAAUGGCUACAUGCUUCUCGGCGAACGUGUUCGUAAUCCCCAAGAGAAGGCUGCCGUCAAAGCCGUAAUUGAGGAAGUCAUGAGGGUCAAAUUGGACGAAGAUACUCUGUACAGCACCGCAGAGUUGGAGAAAAAUGCCCCUGAGAUGAGCGAGCUCCCUACCGGUAUUGUCUGGACCAAGGCCAUGAGACGACUUUUCGUUCUUGUCUCCAAGGCCCUCCGAAACAACGAGCCCGUUCUUCUUGUUGGAGAAACUGGAUGCGGUAAGACUCAGCUUUGCCAAGCUGUUGCAGAGGCUUUCCGAAGAGAGUUGUUCAUUGUCAACGCUCAUGUGAACUUGGAGACCGGUGACUUGAUUGGUGCUCAAAGACCUAUCCGAAACCGAGCAGCAAUCGAAAAGCUGCUUGUGGAUGAUCUUCAGAUGCUUCUGCACGGAAAACAGACCGGUGCCUCUUUCAAUGAGCUGAAGCAGGAGUUUACCGCUUUGACUGCAGAGGAGCGUCAGACCAAGGACCAGACUCUCCUGCAUAGCAUUGAAAAGAAUGCCGUCCGAUGUAACGCUUUGUUUGAGUGGUCCGACGGAAGUCUCAUCACUGCUAUGAAAACCGGUCAAUUCUUCCUGCUUGACGAAAUCUCUCUCGCGGAUGACUCGGUCCUCGAAAGACUUAACAGUGUUCUGGAACCUGCUAGGUCAAUUUUGCUCGCUGAGAAGGGUCCGAUCGACUCGAUGGUUGUUGCAGAUGGUGGAUUCCAAUUCUUGUCUACAAUGAAUCCUGGUGGUGACUACGGAAAGCGCGAGCUGUCUGCGGCUCUUCGUAACCGUAUGACUGAAAUUUGGGCACCCCAACUGUCUGAAGAUGAAGACAUCCUGCCUAUUCUUACGAUGAGAUUGAAUCUAAAGGACGAGAAAGUGACAAAGGCCAUGCUGCACUUCGCCAAGUGGUUCAAGACGGCGUUCCAGAACACAUCUACCACAUCACUCUCCAUUCGUGAUCUUCUCGCUUGGGUUGAUUUCAUCAACACUUCGCAAAGUUCUGACACACAAUUCGCCAUCAUCCAAGGUGCAGCCAUGGUUUUCGUUGAUACUUUGGGUGCUAACCCAGCCGCGAUGCUUGCCAUGUCUCUCAAUAAUCUGGAGGGUAACCGCAGGUCGUGUCUCGCCAAGUUGAGUGAACUGUUCGGUGUCGAUGCUUCCAAAAUCUACGGAGAGUCAACUGGUGUCUCUGUGGAACCAGGCAUUCUCCGCGUGGGUCCAUUUGCUCUACCUGCUGCUGGCGACGCAGACCCCGAUCCUCAAUUUACCAUGGAUGCCCCCACUACAAUUGCCAACUCUGUACGAAUUGCUCGCGGUUUGCAGUCCUCCAAGCCCAUCCUCAUGGAAGGAAGUCCAGGUGUGGGUAAGACUACACUUGUGACAGCCUUGGCUCGAGCACUUGGAAAACCUCUUACUCGAAUCAACCUUUCGGAGCAGACAGAUCUUACAGACUUGUUCGGAUCCGAUGUGCCCGUGGAGGGAGGUGAUGUUGGACAAUUCACGUGGCGCGACGCACCAUUCCUACGAGCUAUGCAGCGUGGUGAUUGGGUCUUGCUUGACGAAAUGAAUUUGGCUUCUCAAUCUGUCCUCGAAGGUCUCAACUCCUGUCUGGAUCACCGUCAGCAAGUGUACAUUGCCGAGUUGGAUCAGACUUUCAAGAGACAUCCUGAUUUCGUUUUGUUCGCCGCACAGAACCCUCAUCAUCAGGGCGGAGGCAGAAAGGGCCUUCCUGCGUCUUUCGUCAACCGUUUCACGGUCGUCUAUGCAGAUAGUUUCACUGAUGAUGAUUUGAAGACCAUCUGCUCCAGGCUUUUCCCUGGCAGCCCUUCCGUGCAAACGGAAAGAUUGGUUGACUUCAUCUCCCUGCUGAACAGGGCCAUCACGAAAGAGCGACGACUGGGCACUAUUGGCGGCCCCUGGGAGGUUAAUUUGCGAGAUGUCCAGCGAUGGCUUCAGCUUGCCGAUCGAGGAAACCUUCAGAUCCAGACGAAGCACUUCCUUGACGUUGUCAUCAACCAACGAUUCAGAACCGAAGAAGACCGCAACCUGGUCGCUCAAAUCUACGACCAAGUCUUCACUGACUCUGAUACCGGAUCGAAGAGCUACUUCCACAACCUCACACCGGAGUAUCUGCAAGUUGGUCUGGGUAUCUUGAACCGUGAUCCUCUGCUGCAGCGCUUGGCCGAACCAAACAUGAGAAUCUUGCCAAAGGAUCUUCACAUUGUCGAAUCACUUAUCUUGUGCGUUGACAAUGCUUGGCCCAGCAUCCUUGUUGGCUCUGCUGGGUGUGGCAAGACCACCCUCAUCAGAAAGCUUGCUGCCGUCACUGGUGCCAAUCUUGUGGAGCUGGCCCUGAGUGCUGACACCGAUACCAUGGAUCUGAUUGGAGGAUUCGAACAGAUCGACCACCGCCGUGAAGUUUCAGGCUUUGUUCAUGACAUUGAAAUCUUUUUGCGAAACCAGCUCAUCCAAUGCUUCGCUUCAGGGGAUGUGUCUGAUGUUGUGGUUUCCGCCCUCCGUAUUUGCGAGCACUUCCAGUCUGCAGAUAUCUCGAUGGAGAAUGUCAUCGCUUCUCUCUCCAGCCUCUGUCAAUCUUCUGUUGAUCCAGCCUAUCAAAAGUUCCUUGAGAGAGCCCAGACUUUGUUGAACGCCAUUCAGCAAUCUGACAAGAUGAAGGUUGGAUUUGAGUGGACGGAAGGUGUUCUCACUCAGGCUGUCCAGCAUGGACACUGGGUAAUUCUCGACAACGCCAAUCUGUGCAAUCCAUCUGUGCUGGAUCGAUUGAACUCUUUGACUGAACCCAACGGCACUCUCAUUCUCAAUGAGCAGCGGACAGAGGAUGGUUCUGCUCGAAUCAUCACACCUCAUCCCAACUUCAGACUGUUCUUGACCAUGGACCCCCGCAAUGGCGAGUUGUCUCGCGCCAUGCGCAACCGCUGUACCGAGAUCUGCUUCUUGCCAAGUGAACUGUCUGACAUCAAACCUACCAUCGGCCCAUCAUACACCUGCGAAUCUUUCCUGUAUCGACUUCGUCAUAUUUGGAACUUGGACACUUCCUUGUCGCCUUCCGCAUUUGAGACUGCCCUCGAGGUGUGCUUAGAUCAUCUCUCGCCAGCUGAUUUGUCCUACCUCCAGCAGUCGCCUGCGAACUGUGUGGCCAUCAGUUCCGAGGCCGAUAGCAAAGCACAGUCUUCCAAUGUUUUGCAACGUUAUGCCUCUCUGUUCCACGACAACAAUCAAUGGAAGCCUCUCGACGCUGCCAGCGGAGAGAUCAUUCUUGGCGGAGCGCAUCUCGGUAUUCAAGGAGCUUUGCAGCCCCUUCAUCCCCUCAUAAACGAGCCUCUACUCGCAAUUUCAGGAAACAGUGACUUCCGAUCUACUUUGAUUGUCCUGGCCUACCUUCAGGAGCUGAGACUCGAUAUCCAUCGCCUCAGACAAGGUCUGAUUCAAGCGGAUGCUUCCGGAAAAGAAUUGAAGCCGAGCCAGAUGACCCGCCUAGAGCGAUCCUUGGCCUCUGAACGCAUUCCCGCAUUGAUGAAGGAUACCACCCAGCCUGUGGCCUCAUUCUUGUCUGAUUGUGGCCAGGCCUUAUACGAUUAUAUUCAGUCGCUGGAUCAAACCGCCCUUCAGGGCACAUCUAUCAUAGCAGCCCUUCGGGCAGUUAUUUGCCUUUCCUGGGAUAUUUACAAGGCAACUGAAGUGAGCCAAGUUGACGAAGGUGAAUUCCAGGUCUACCUGCAAAUGGGAAGGAAAACCUGCGAAUCGCUUCUCGACUCUUCUCCCCUCCUCCAGCCACUUCAAGUCGCCUUAUCGCAGGCCCUUGAUCGCUUCCAGGAAGGCUGGGCUUUGACUACCGGUCUUUCAAUGCAGAGGAUUUGGGAUUCCUGGAGACAUGUUACCCCAGUCUCUCAAAGCAAGUUAGAUUCUCUGACAGAGCUGGAGUCUACUGUCUUUGAGUUCACCACUUUGGCCUUGCAAACUCGUGUGGAGCUGUCUCAAUUGAGUCAUGUUCGGGACUCAUUGAUUGAUGCCCAGAGAUUCAUUCUUUUGGAUGGUGCCGAUGGUGACGUACUUGUUCAGAGUAUCAAGCAAACCGUGGCCGAGCUUUCUCAAGCGGUCCGACGCUCAGAGUCCAUUGAGUAUCCAUACUUUGCCCACGAUUUCGAAGCUCUUUGUCAAUAUCAUGACAUCUCUUCGUUCUUCCAGGCUCCAGUUCAAGAUACCGUCAUUCAGACAGUUGUACCACUCCUGGCCGGUCGUGCAGCUCGCCCGGUGGAUGCAUCAAACUUCAACAGUGACGUGCCCAACAUGCUUCACAGACUUGCAUUGUUUGCUGGAUCUCACAGUCAAUCCGAGACUGCACUUGCCACCGGUGGCGUUGUGUCGCUAUCACUCUUGGAGAAAUUGUCGGCCAUCGGCAAUGCCAAAUUGGGCCAAUUGGACAUGCUUGAGGAAGAGAAAAAGGCACUUUCCAAGGCUCUCACUCUCAGCAGCAAGCAAAUUGCGACAGAUCAGUCCAUGGAUCUCAGACGUACUGUUGCACGACUCACGGCUGAACUAGUGACUUGCCAUGGCGACUUCUUUGCGCCUGGUUCCGUUGAGACCCUCAAUUCUGUUCUUGAGGCAAUCCAGAGCGGUGAUCUGGGCGAUGAUCAGCCACCAAUUGUGAUCGAAUUAGAUCAAAGUCUGCCAACCACGCACUACUUGAAGCCUCUCGUCGAGCAGGCUCUACCAAGUCUGGUAGCCUCGUUGCGGUCGAAGCCAUCAAACAAGCACCAAGGGAUUCAAAGUACUGGGCUUGCAACAGUGCAGUUGGCCGUGCUUCUUCUGCGGCUGUUUGUACCUGACAAGACAUUCGAUCCUUCGCUGGGCAUUGUUGUUCAACGCAAGCGUCAUUCCCAACGACUCGAUGAAUUCACUGCCAGAUCUGCUGCCAUUCUCGCAUUUGAGAAGACCUUCACGAGUCAGAUCUCCAACCUCAGAUCUGAGCUCCUGCAUGAUGAAAUUCGUGGACUAGGCUCUGCUCCCCCUCCUUCUUUGGUCAACCGACCCCAGAACUCUCAAUUGAGUCUUCUCCAAGGCGAGUUUGUGAAUUUGAUCAACUCCGUUUUGAAGAGAGACCCGGAGCAAAUGAUCCGUUCCGAGAGGUCGGUCGAAUCUCAGGAUAUGAUUCAGCUACUCCGUAACAACAUCAAACAGCUGUGUAGUCGUCUCAGUACUCACUACAGAUCUUAUGAUGACAUUGCGGUGCCUGUGGUUCGUUUCCUACAACUUUUGGAUCUCGGUGUCUUCCUGGCCUCUAGCCAGCCCGAGGAUUCCGCUGAUGUGCCUGACAUCCAAACUCUGAGUCAACGAACACCAUUUUUGGGAGGCGCCAUUCACCCUGUUCUUGCCCAAUUUGACGCGAAACUGCCGGGCUCGCUCAAGAACGCAACUGAGAUGCGGCUCCAGGAAUUAUCUGCUCUUUGGGCCGCACAAGACGCAGAUUCCUCUAUUUUGGAGACUAAUGCUGGACGAGGCAUCGUGCGACGCGUCUUUGCCGAGUUCCACCAACUCUGGAAAAACAAGCUGAAGCAAGAUCAGGAGGAAGAAGCUGAGAAGGGCGACUUGUAUCACUUCAAGGGAUCCUGGGAGGAGGAGGAAGAAGUCAAUGAGGCUGAGCUGAAUGCCCUUUUCCCCACCUUCGAAGAGGAGCCUCUCCAAGGCGCCCAGCAUGUCGACCGCAUUGACCCCAAGGCCGUCGCUCUCCGUCUUGCUGCACUCCACGCAAAGAUUGUCUCAAAUGAACGCACCGGGACGGCCCUGACCACGCUUGUCAAGCAAUCUGGCAACCUUUUGGGCUCAAUCUGGUCGGACAACGAGACUUCAUUCUCGCCAGUGUCACCUCAAACCCAUCUCCCUGCAGUCUUGUUACUUUUAGAUGAUGCUAUCAACGAAGGAACCGAAAGCCACCAGAAGAAUUACAACUUUUACACCGAUUCCAACCUUUCUGAGGCUAGAAAGCUGGUUUCUCUUACGCUUUCUGCUCAGGCUCGCUUCGCCCAAAUUCAAACUGCCUGGCCCGAGCACGCUGUGCUGGCUGAUGUUCUCGCGUGCUGCAUGGAGAUCCUUCAGUUCAGGCACACUGAGCCUGUCGCCAAGUUCAUGACCAAGGUUGAAAAGCUUCAUUCAAUGGUGCACGAGUGGCAGACCGUGGCUAGCAGGGAAUACUCGGCUGUGACCGUCUUUGACGAAAUCACCACCACUCUCAUUGGAUGGCGCCGCCUCGAGCUUUCCACCUGGGCCAGGCUAUUGGACAUCGAGAAAGAGAAGUGUGAAGAUGACGUUAGUGCCUGGUGGUUCAUUGCUUACGAGGCACUUAUCGGAGCUCCCAUCAUGAUGGUAGAGGCAGGCGAGCAGGACAUGAGUGAACACACCGAGAGCCUGGUCACUACCCUGGAACAAUUCUUCAAAUCUACAACCAUGGGUCAGUUCGCCCGUCGUCUGAAGCUUGUGUCCAACUUCCAAGCUCUGCUUGAGGUAUUUGCCAAGGAUUACCCCUGCCUCAAGCAAAUUGUCUCUGCGCUCGACAAUUUCCUCCACCACUACAGACCUUUCCAAUCUGGGGUGGACAAGAUUCUUCACGAAAAGCGUUCUGCUCUUGAGAAAGACAUCAAGGAGCAAAUCCAAUUGGCCAGCUGGAAAGAUGUGAACAUCGCGGCUUUGAGACAAAGUGCGAAGAACUCACACCUCAAGUUGUUCAAGGUUGUUCGCAAGUACCGAGCAGCUCUUGGUCAGUCGGCUCAGUCGGUCCUUGAAUCUGGCCUUUCAGAAAUUGAUGAAGAUGUUACUUCAAUUUCCCAAGCAGAGCCUGUCCGUCCUACUGCCGUCUUCCCAGAGGCAAUGGAUAUUUGUCAAAAGGACAAGAACCUGUGGUCCACCCGAGCCGUCAGAUUCCAGAAGCCGGAUGGCACAGCCAGCAACAUGAUGAACUUGUAUUCAGCGAUCCCAGCUGAAUUCGAUAUUGCCAAAGACCUUGAUAGCUUCAUCGUGUCUGUCAUUGAGGAUAUGAAAGAGUUCAAGUCCCAGACCCCGAAGGUCUUGAACGAAGACAACAAAGAUGAUGUUCAGCAUCUCAAGUCGCAGAAACGUCGUCUCUACGCUGAAACUCUGAAGCAACUGUUCGAGAUGGGCGUGAAGCGAAAUGCUGGAACGAGUGUCAUCGAAACCCAGGCAUCCGUGCCUCAAGUUCUCGCGACCAGUGCUGCCUUCGAGGCUGGCGCUGCGACCUCCAGUGCUGUCCAAAGCGCCGAUUGGUACUUCCACCGACUCUUGGAUCUUUUGCCCAAGACUCGUCUGGCUGCACGCAACUAUUCUGAAGAGCUCACUAAUGUGGAGGUUUUCAGAAGUAUGGGCUCCAUUGAGCAUCUUCUUUUCACCAUCCGUCGCCAGAGAGGUGUGAUUUCUCCUGCCCUUACUGGUCUGGGUAACUUGAAGUCUACACUCGACAAGGUGCAGAACCUUUGGACAGCAACUUCGACAACUUUGGCUCAGGACCACACCACCGCGCCUGAGGAGCGUGCCGAUCUGGCCAGAGUUGUGGCUUGGCUGGCCCCCAUUCUUGGGCUGGCUGCAAUGAUUAUCGGCGUUCACUCCAAGUUCUCUGGAAUUGAUGCAUCCAAGGUAAUUGAAGAGCUUCGCGCCAAGAAGGCAUUCUUUGAUGACCUGCGCAAGUCUUACGAAUCUCUCCCCUCUCUGCCCACCCGAAUUGCGUCCAAGGCACACCUUGAAAUCGCACAGCAGACACGAACAUCUCUCAAUGAGUUGGCCGCUGGGCUGGAGAAGUGGGCGGUGGCUCGUCCUGAUCUCUCCUUUGCAUUGGAUCAAAUCACACCUUGGGUCAAGACAAACAUGGCUGCUCACCCUGAGGUCAAUGAACACAGUCUUUCUAUUAAGGCAUUCGACAGCAGCCUCCUGGUCGCCAUCGAUAAAAUGCUCAUUGGCCUGCAAAAGCUCAAAGAUGUGCCUUCCGCCAUCACCUUUGAUGGUCUGCUCUCCCGAAGUGACGAGUUCUUCUCCCGUGGACUUAAGGCUGUUCGUCUCACCGAGAUCACUGCCACGCUGGAAGCCGUCCUUGAUCAAUUGCACCGCUUGCAAGAUCACUCUGCUGGCGGUCUCUCCCUUGCUGCUGCACUGAUCACCAGCAUCUUGCCUAUCGCCAACAGAUACUACCAAAUCUGCCGAGACCUGGCUGAUCGAUUCAUCGCUGUUCACCGCGAGAUUUGCAAGACAUCCUACAUCCUGACCAAGACUUUCAAUACCGUCGCUUCCGAAGGCUUCUGCAGCCCGGCCGAAACCUCUCAAGAUCAAAGCAAGGAAGGCCAAAUGCAAGACGGAACCGGUUUGGGUGAUGGCGAUGGUGCUGAGGACAUCAGCAAGGACGUUGGCGCCGAUGAAGAUCUCUCCGAGCUUGCGCAGCAAGAGAACAAGAAAGAGGACGGUGACGAUGACGAGAUGGACGACUCCAAGGAUGCCGUCAACAUGGAUCAAGAGGAGUUGGAAGGUGAUGCUGAGGAUCGCAAAGAAGACGAGGAAGAGAAGGAUGAAAGUGCCGACGAAGGCGAAGAUGACAUUGAUGAGGAGACUGGUAGUGUGGACGAUCUCGACCCUGGCGCUGUGGACGAAAAGCUCUGGGACGGUGGCAAUGACGAGCAGCAGAAAGACACCGAAAACGAAGAAGGAAAGGGUCAGUCUGAGGCCGAACAACAAGCUGCUGCUCAGGAAGAGAAGCAAGACAAAGACGGCGAAAAGGGCGAGGAAAAGCCAAAGGAGGGCGAGGAAGAGGAGGAAGAAACUGAAGAUGAAGAAGCCCCUGAAGAUGAGGGCGAGGCAGUUGGCCGUGAAGACAUGGAUGUCACUGAUCCCCAAGCGAAGGAAGAAGAAACUCUUGAACUUCCUGAAGAAAUGCAGCUUGAUGAUGACAACGGCAAGAGCGACAAUGGUGAUGAGGAUGACGAUGGAAUGGAUGAACUUGACGAUGACUUCGGCCCUGCGCCUGAGGAUGAUGGAAAGGUCGAAGAAGGCGACGAGAACACCGGAGAAGACGCUGAAGGAGCCCCAGAAGAUCAAGUUCCAGGCGAUGAAGACGAAGAGAUGGCUGAUGAUGCCGAAGAAACCAACGAAGGAGAAGCUGGAGACGAGCAAGAGGAGGAAGCUGGUGGAGAAGACCCCGAAGAACCCGAGCCCGAGGACUUCCUCGCGCAGCGUGACGAGAAUGAAGCCGCGGGUGACAACGUUGCUCCCAGCGAGGCUGUCACAGGCGGACUCGGCGCGGAGCAAGAUCAAAACGAAGAGAAGGGCGCAUCGGGCGAUGCCCAGCAGGAGAGCGGCUCCAUGGACCCCAGUGCCAAUGUCGAUGAUCAGACAGGCGCUGCCAAGGACAGCGAAGAGAGCAAGCCUAGCCGUGACGCUGGUGGCGGCGAAGACAGUAAGCCAAAUGAACCUCAAAUGCAGGCAUUCAAGAAACUCGGCGAUAUUCUCGAGCAAUGGCACCGUCGCCAGCAGGAGAUCCUCAACCCAUCUCAAGAGGAGGAGGAUACUCAGGCCAUGCCUGAAGACACCGAUAUGGCCGAUGCGGACUUUGAGCACCUCAAGGACGACGACGAUGCCGCUGAUACCCAGGCCCUUGGCCAAGCAAACGAAGAUCAAACGCAAGCUCUUGAUCAAAGCAAGGGUGUUGAGUCCGACAUGAAGCCCGGUGAGAACGACGUUCUUCCCGAUGUCACCGAGGACCAGCAAGAGGAUAUCAGCAACCAGCUUGAGGAUGAAAUGCAAAUCGACCGCGAGACCGCCCCUGUCGAUGGCGAGUCCGCCGGCGCCUUCAUUCCUGGCGGACAAGCGUCUCACGAGCGCGCAGAUGAUGCGCAGGGCACUGAAGCAUUGAACGAGGAGCUCGACGAAGUUGACACGCAACUUGCGGCAAUUCACCUCUCCUCUUCUCUUCCUCCAUUGACGCCCCAAGACGAAGCUCGUCGCCUCUGGUCGCACUACGAGUCCGCUACAAACGACCUCUCCCUCUCGCUGACCGAGCAGCUUCGCCUCAUUCUUGCACCCACAAUGGCGACCAAGUUGCGUGGUGACUUCCGCACUGGAAAGCGUCUCAACAUUAAGCGCAUCAUUCCCUACAUCGCAUCCCAGUACAAGCGUGACAAGAUCUGGAUGCGCCGCUCCAUUCCGUCUAAGCGCAACUACCAGAUUAUGUUGGCUGUCGAUGACAGCAAGUCUAUGCUGGAAAGUGGAAGUGGUCAACUCGCUUUCGAGACCCUUGCCCUCGUCGCAAAGAGUCUGAGCAUGUUGGAAGCCGGUGAUUUGUGCGUCCUCGGUUUCGGUAACGAAGACCACGUUCGCGUCGCACACGAGUUCGGAAAGCCAUUCUCUUCUGAGGCCGGCUCCCAGGUCUUCCAGCACUUCAGCUACCAGCAAACUGGCACGAAUGUGCGCAAGCUGAUUGCCGACUCGAUCGCUCUGUUCCGCGAGGCUCGCUGGAAGCGUUCCCCUGGUUCUGGCUCUGCGGAUCUCUGGCAACUUCAGUUGAUCAUUUCCGAUGGUAUCUGUGAAGAUCACGAUACUAUUCGCCGACUUGUCAGGACCGCGCUCGAGGAGCGCAUCAUGGUUGUGUUCAUCAUCGUCGAUGCUGUCAAGGGUAGCUCUAUCCUCGACCUCUCGCAAGCCAACUUCGAGGCCGAUCCUGAUUCUGGUGGUGAGAUGAAGCUCAAGAUGAAGCGCUACCUCGAGGAUUUCCCCUUCCCUUACUACCUUGUUGUUCGUGAUGUCAGGGAAUUACCGUCUGUGUUGGCUACCGCUCUGAAGCAGUGGUUUGCCGAGGUUGUGGAUGUGUCGUCUUGA